AUGGCAGGAGAGUUUGUUUCAGAUGAGGAGCUGCUGUGGGGCGAGGAUGUUUUGUCUAUUGUGAAACCAAUGCGCAAGAGCACAGGCCGCGCAUGCGCCAACUGCACGUGUGGGAAAAAAGAGAAAGAGCAGAUUGAAAACGAGAAAGCAACCGGCAAAAUUGACUCGUCGUGCGGCAACUGCAACUUAGGAGACGCCUUCAGAUGUGCAUCCUGCCCUUUCACGGGGCUGCCCCCCUUUGAAGCCAACAAGCCCGUGCGCUUUGAUCCAGACGAAGUUUAG